CCAGUUAACAGGGGAAGGUGAGGCCUCUCCUUCCACAGCCGGUCGCUCUCACAUUCCCCUCUCCUCCUUCGGUCCUGCGUGCAAACGCCAGAUAGCCCAGUGGGCCCAUAGGAAACGACCAGCAGAGACUGAAGAAAGUCCGGGAGCUGGAACACGGACGUCCCGUUUGGAAGUGUCCAAGGAGACCGCCAGAAGCGUGCCGGCCGGAGUCGGGAGAGUUUCCUUCUGGCCGAGAGGGGGAGCCCCGCGUUCCCUGCCGGGAACGACCCGGAGUCCCCAGCCUCGAGCCCCAGCCGCCGCCAGCGCCAGUUUUGGCUGCAGCCGAUUAGGAAGAGGAGGGAGGGGACCGGAGCCGGAGGGUCCCGAGUCCAGCACCGUAUUGACGCAGAGAAACUUUCUCUCGGCCACGGAAACGGCGCCCCGGCGGUGCUGGAGCGGAGAUCGCCCGGCCCCGGGGACGCGGCAGCUCUCCACGCCCCUGCCUCAAGCCUGACCCGACCGCAUCAGUCAGUAAGUUCUGUGUGAUUGCAUCUGAUGUACAUAGGAGAGAAAGUGACUGAAGGAGAACUCAGAUAGCAGCUGUAUGACUGAAACUGUCCAAAGUCAAGUGUCAGUACAGUCUUUCAACUGUAUUUGAGUGUACCCAGGAUAUAAAGUGUGAUUGAACCAAACAUUUAUUUGGCUGAUCCUCAUCAUGAACCGUGCUUUUAGCAGGAAGAAAGACAAAACAUGGAUGCAUACGCCUGAAGCUUUAUCAAAACAUUACAUUCCCUAUAACGCAAAGGACUUACCAAAGUGCCUGUCUCAUAGUAGGUGUUCAUUAUAUGUAUUUGAUGAAUUAUUGCAUAAUAAUCUUUCCAAGUUUCUUGGCAGUACAGAAGUGGAGCAGCCCAAAGGAACAGAAGUUGUGAGAGAUGCUGUAAGGAAAUUAAAGUUUGCAAGACAUAUCAAGAAAUCUGAAGGCCAGAAAAUUCCUAAAGUUGAGUUGCAAAUAUCAAUUUAUGGAGUAAAAAUUCUAGAACCCAAAACAAAGGAAGUCCAACACAAUUGCCAGCUUCAUAGAAUAUCAUUUUGUGCAGAUGAUAAAACUGACAAGAGGAUAUUCACUUUCAUAUGCAAAGAUUCUGAGUCAAAUAAACAUUUGUGCUAUGUAUUUGACAGCGAAAAGUGUGCUGAAGAGAUAACUUUAACAAUUGGCCAAGCAUUUGACCUGGCAUACAGGAAAUUUCUAGAAUCUGGAGGAAAAGAUGUUGAAACAAGAAAACAGAUCGCAGGAUUACAGAAAAGAAACUUAGUGUUCUCAUGUGACUUUGCUUCACUUCCUGAUGCUUCUCAUGGGGAUCAGAGCAGCAGAAGCAGCAGAUGCUGGAUUCAAGACUUAGAAACAGAAAAUAUGGAACUUAAAAACAAAGUACAAGAUUUGGAAAGCCAGUUAAGAAUAACCCAAGUAUCAACAUCUCCAGCAGGCAGUCUGACACCUAAGUCACCCUCCACUGACAUCUUUGAUAUGAUUCCAUUUUCUCCAAUAUCACAUCAGUCUUCGAUACCUGCUCGCAAUGGCACGCAGCCACCUCCAGUACCUAGUAGAUCUACUGAGAUUAAACGGGACCUGUUCGGAGCAGAACCUUUUGACCCAUUUAACUGUGGAGCAGGGGAUUUUCCUCCAGAUAUCCAAUCAAAAUUAGAUGAGAUGCAGGAGGGGUUCAAAAUGGGACUAACUCUUGAAGGCACAGUAUUUUGUCUCGACCCGGUAGACAGCAGGUGCUGAUGCCAAGAAGAAAUCCUGAUUCAUGUUAAAUUUGUUUUAUAUACGUAUAUAUCACUUGUUAUUACUUUAUGACAGCUAUUAUACAUGUGCCAAUAUAUUUUUGAAUAUCUAACUUUUUGAAAAUUAUUUCAGUAAAAUUUCCUCGUACAUUCACUGUUGAUCUGUAAUGAUUUAUUUUAAAAACAACUUGUUGAAAAGUAAAUCAUACUUUUAUGUUCCUUUCUAUCUGUUGUAGGUGAAUUUAUAAUUGAAAGACAAAUUAUCCAAGUAUCUGCCUUGUGUCUGAGUUCUAAAUAAUUAGCAUCUUGAAAUUUGUGUUCAUUCUCCAGGCUGCUAGUGUAUUAUUGAUUCCCAAAAGUCAUACUUUAAUGAUACCUUUGAAAGUCCUGAGGAGACAUACCAAUAUCAAAAUAAAUAUGUUCUAUAUUCAAACCAAUAAAUAUGUUAUUAUUCAUUCGA